UAAAUUAGUGGUGACAUGCCUCUGAGCACCUCUCAGUGACGAUAGCUUAAAUUGGAAAGCAAUUUUGGCUGUAAAUUUAAAAUAAGUAGCUACCUUGAAACCAUAAUCAAUUCAUAAGAUAUAUUGCAACCAUGAGGGCUGUCAAAAGCUGUGUGAAUGUGAUUGUCCUGCUUGUAUUGCUGAUAUUAGCCAUGGGUCGAUGUUGUCUUGGAAUUGGUGAAAGAUAUCAUGUUCACAUUAUCAACGACUUGACUCGACAUACCUUAAAUGUUCAUUGCAAAUCCAAAGAUGAUGAUCUGGGUCCUCAUCUAUUACAACUUGGAGAGGAAUUCCACUUCACUUUUCGUGUAAACUUCUGGGGAACAACACUCUUCUGGUGCAAUUUUAAGUGGGGUAAGAAUCACGGCGGUGAUUAUCACAUCUUUUGGUACAGAGAUGAUCUUCUUUACGACUGUGGUUAUGAACAAAAGAAUUGCAUCUGGUCAGCAAGAAAUAGUGGUAUGUGGCUGAUGAAUAUCCCUGAUGGUAUCCAGUUUUAUAAACGUUAUGAUUGGCAAUGGUAGGUAAUGAAUUGAGCUUAAAGCAGUCCUACAUAUAUGUAUACCCUCUUACUUCAUAGCCUACCAACAGUAUGCAGUGCUACUACAAAUUUUCUGUACGGAUUGCUGUAUGAAUGUCCCUCUGGAACAACUCUUAUUGGGAAUGUAUCAAUAUCAUUACAGAUUUUAGAAAAUAUAUAUCAAUGUAUAAAUAAUAUCUUAUACA